AUGUCUUUAAUCACCCCCAACCAGUCCCUCAUAACGUCCUCGGUCAAAGACCUAGUCGUCGUCCUGACCGGUGGUGCUCAGGGAGUUGGCAGGAAUGUCGUCGAGCAGCUUUAUUCGGCCGGCGCAAAAGUCAUAUUCGGCGACGUCGACGACAACCUUGCCCGGCAAGUGAUUUCUUCAUUGACCAGCACUAGCAGCAGCAGCAGCAGUGAUCAAGACCCAGGCGUACACUUUGUCCACUGCGACACAUCAUCAUACAAUGACCAACUAUCCCUUUUCCAAACAGCUUACAGCCGCUACCAGCGCAUCGACGUUGUGAUAGCCAACGCGGCCGUCAGCCUACCCCGCGACCCUUUUUCGGCUGCCAAUCUCACAAAUGAAGCAAUCCUCACAGCGCCUACCAUGGCCGAGGUGGACAUUAAUCUAAAAGGUGUGCUAUACACGGCUCGCUUGGGGUAUUAUUAUCUACGGAAGAAUCCCAACCCGGAACAUCGGGGUGACUUGGUGCUCGUGUCGAGUAUUGCCGGUUUCAAAGAAUGCGAGGGUCUUGUUUCGUAUACGGCUAGUAAGCAUGGUGUUAUUGGUGUUAUGCGCGGUUUGGCGCUGCAGGCUGCAAAGGAAGGGGUGAAGAUUAACACGAUUUGCCCAUGGAUGACCAAAACACGCAUGGUCAGAGGAAUCGAAAAAGGCUGGUUCGAUCUCGGUCUCCCCUCCAAUGAACCUGCAGAUGUAGCCCAGGCUAUUCUCAUCUGCGCCACGGCAAACCGCUCUCCCACACCAGAACAGGGACAUCAGGGUGCUGUUUUGCCAUUCUCGGGCAAGAUUUUGUGGGUUGGUGGUGGUAAGAGCUAUGAGAUUGAGGACCGGUUGCAGAGCCUGGAGCCCGAGUGGCUAGGACAUGAGAAUAGCGAAAUACUCAAAAAAGGGCAGGAGUAUCUGCAUUCCGCCGAAACUAGCUGGGAUAAUAAGUAG